UAAAUGGAAUAAAACCGGUCUAGCAUCAUUAAUCAUCCCAUCUACAGUUGAACAAUGAACCUUGGGUAAACCAAUACCUAAAGUAGUGAUUGUCUCAUUUUUUUCCCCUCUCUGUCUAUCCCUUCCAAGUUUUAGCUCACCUUCUCCCACUAUAAUCAGCAUAAAAAAAAGAAAAAGGAAUACACUGUGCAGCUCAUAUACGAGAGAAAGUACACCGCGGUUUUACAUCGAUCACCAGAGGACAUUCUGUAGGAUCGUAGUAAUCAUGUGUUCAUCACUAGUGUCUGCCUUUGUCGCUUGCUGCAUACUUUUAUCUUAUACAUCUGCCACUGAAGCUGCUUGCAAAGCAAAAUCAUGUUUAGGUGUAACGAUUUACUAUGAAUCUCUCUGCGGCGAUAGCAGAAGAUUCAUAAGCGGCCAAUUAGUGCCGACUUAUCCGGAGCUCAAGGACUACUUGGACAUCUUCUUUGUCCCGUACGGCAAGGCCUCGCAUGAACGUGAUGGAGCUACAGGAGAAUGGAAAUUUUCAUGCCAACACGGACCACCUGAAUGUGACGGAAACAAAGCCCAGGCAUGUGGACUACAUGCAAUCAAAGCUGAAGAAAAGUCUUAUGACCAGCAGCAGCUAUCAGUUGAAUUCGUCGGUUGCGCAAUGGCUAAAAGCGACCCAGCUGGAGCAGUUCGACGGUGCGCUGAGUCAGUGGGAUUGAAAAAUUCAACGCAAUUAAUAUUAGAGAAUUGUCUGCAGUCAAGUUUAGCUGAUAAUUUACUCGUCAAUUACGGAGAAAUUACACACAGCUUUAAGCCACCGAUAUCAUUUGUACCUACGAUUGUUAUCAAUGAUAAAUAUUCGUGGGAAGAUCAAAUGCUGGCAUUAACAAAUUUCAAAAAACUCAUCUGUAAUUCUUUGCCUGAGAAUGAUAAACCCUCAACUUGUCAUGGAUAAUAAUAAUAAUAAUAAUAAUAAUAAUUACUUAUAUAUAUAUAUUUUUUUCAUUGAUAUUAUUCUUGAAGUAUAUACAUUUUUAUGUACAAAAAUAAAUGGAUUCGUAAAUUUAAAAGUAUAAAUGU